AUGUCAUCCAAUUAAUAAUAAUCAAGUGAAGCUGAAUCAAAAGAUAAGUCUUAAAAAGAGCAUAUCAAAAAAGAAAAUUAAGGCAUUCCUUCAUCUGAGGAGGAUAACGAUUCCACUCCAUCAAUCAUAGAUAAGCUUAGAGAGAAAGCAAACAAAAAUUUUGAAGCUAAAAAGUAGGAAUACGUUGAGAAGCAAUAAGAGGAAAAGAAAAAUAAGAGGAGGCUUUUCAAAAAGAAAUUUAAAUUCAAGAAAGACUCCAAAGAAGCAAAAGAGAAAGUAAAGAAACUGGGCAGAAAGGAAAAGAAAAAGCUAAGAGAGGAAUAUAGGAAACUUCAAAAGCUUACACAAAGAGAAUUAAUAGCAUAUAAAAUGUUAAAUGACCCAAAUAAUGAUUUUAUGAAGAAGAUAUAAAAUGAGGGAAAUGAUGGACUGAUGACUUUGCAAUAAAAUGAAUUAUGGAAAUCUAUUUACCAUAAAAAGAUGCUAUUUAAUGACAUAAACGACUUCUUGAAUCACUUAACUGAUGAUGAGUUUACUGAAUUCAUUUAGAAUAGAGAAAUUUAAAUAGAUAAAUUAGCUGAAACUGGUAAGGAUAGUGAGAUUUUUAGAAGCAGUUUAAAAGAGCAAUUAAUUACUUUGAGCGAGUAGGAAUAAAUAGAAGAAUUUAAGUAGAAAUACUUAGAUCAUAACAUUGAGGAAGCAAUUGAAUCUGAUGAUAUAUCCCAGGAAUUUAAGGUUUUUAAGGAUCCAACAUUCACUGACUUUAUAAAAAUCGUAGGUACUAAUUACAAUCAAGAGUUACCUUUAUAUGCGUAGCUGUAUAUCUUAAGAGAAAUUCUACAGUUUUACUAACUUCAUUAAAACCAGCAGUUUUUCUAAAUUAUUGGUUUCAAUGUAUUAUUCAACCUAGCUUACUACUUCUUUAAUUACAAGUUUUUAUUGCGAAGACACAUCUAUCUAUUUAACUUACCUCGAAUUGUCUGCAUAUUUUUUAUGAGUUUGUUCUUAUAAGAAUAGCUCAUAACAAAGCUAGUAACUAUGAAUAACUAUAGAGUUAACAUCAAUGAUUUGUUUGAUAUUGAUGAGGAUUUUUUGUUCUAGAAUGAACAUUUUAGAGCCAUGAUUAAGAAAAUUAAAGUAGAAUUCGAUUAGCUUGUCAACCCUAUAUUUGAUAUGGAUGAAAUUAUUAAAGAUGUAAGCUCACAAGUCUCAGAUAAAUAUAAAAUUCCAGCUGGAGGAUAUUAAUAAAUGAAUGAAGGAGAAUUGAUUCUACUAUACUCAAUGACAUUUAAUGCUCCAGCUAGGAGUAGACAGCAGUAUAAUCAAAUGAUCAAAAAGUAUGAUGAGUUCUUCAAAAAUGCAAUCAAGAAAAACUCAAAUAAACUACAAAUGCAGCUAUAGGGUUUCAAACUUUAAGAAAUGAUUAAGAAAAUGAUCGAGUUCUAUGACUCAUAUUAAGUUUAGAAGCAUGUCAUCAAAGAAAAGUAUGAUGAGGAGUUUAGAAAUCAGUUUUAUGAAGCAAAGAAAUAAUCCUACUAGCUAAUGGAUGCCAUUAUUGAAUCACUAAACAAAGAUUUUGAUGAGAAAAAAGUUACUGUAUACUCCUCAAGAGCUUAAAAGGUGAAUUACUUGAGAUAGCUAUCAAAAGAACUUGAGCCUAGAUAUAAAGAUUAAGAGAAAUUCAGAAAAAUAGUUGAAGAUCGUCAUAAAGAGUUAAUGACGCUAGAAAUUGGAAAGUAAGAGAGAUUUAUACCAAAACCUGAUCUAAGAUAUGCUGAGUACCUUGCGAUAAAGGACAACUUUGACCAAGCAGAAUUUGAGAGAAACUCUAUAAUGCUGCUGGCACUUCCUGUGGUUUCAUUUUCAUUAUAUUUCUUUUAGAGAGUAGGAAGAAAAAUGAAAUGGCUUUGA